UUUCAUUGAAGAAAUCGACGAAUUUCUUCUAAAAACUAAUCAUCCUUCCCGUUGAUAUUCCAUCGACCUGAUGGAAUAUUCCGCAGUAAUUCUUGCCAUGUUUUUCUCAAAGUGUGUACAGGGUAGUAGCGUUCCAGAUCCCGAGGAAUUCCUAGAAAAGCAUCUUAUUAUCUUAGUUUCCCUAAUAAUUAUGACUAUUUCUGCAUGAUGAAUUAAGUGGAAAUCAAUAUACAAGCGACCCCGAUCGAGGAAAUCAGGUGAAAAUGGCCAACGCGGACUCACUCUUCCAGACAGGGAAGAACGCCAAGAAUCUGGAGCCUAUCGAGCUGGAUUUCAACUCCAUGUGCAGGCUCUGUGGAAAUGUGAACAUAAAUUCCUUUUCUGUGUUCACCAAGGAUGGAAAUGAGAUAGAGGAGCGACAGAAAAUCGAAGACUACCUCAACAUAUCAAUUUCCUUGGAGGAUGAGUUGCCGAAGAAGUUAUGCAUUCACUGCUGCAACACCUUGAGCUCCUGGCACAAGUUCUACGAGAGCUGUCAUGAGAUGAAUGUGAAGUUUUCUCACAUGGUGAACCAAACAAAGAAUGAAGAUCCUCCAGAAGUUCCGGAAGAAGAGGAAGUUCCAGCUGUGGAGGAAGAGAUGGAGGAGGAGGAUAUGGAGGAGCACAUAGAGUACCUGAGAGACGAAAAUGAGGAAGAUGAGGGAGAAAAUCUGGACAUGAUUGAGGUGGUCAAGGAAGACAUUGAGGAGACUCAUGAAGAUGCCAGAUACGUUCUGGCCAUGUCUUCGUCUCUGUGCUUCGAAGAUCUUCACGCUAGGGACGAUGAAGAGUACCAGGCCUUUGAGUAUGAGGUAGUGGUGGGAAGUGAACAGGAGGAGGAACAGGCUCCGAAAGAUGCUGAAGUGCGCAAAUCGAGUACUUUGACUCGUCGCUGUGGCAUCUUCAUCUGUCCGAAAUGCAAUGCGUCCUUCACGAAGCGCAAGGACUUCAAGACGCACUUGCUGAGGCUGCACAAGUUCGGCGAUGAUGUGAAGGAACUGAUGGGAGCGCGCCCGAAGGUUGAUUCGGAGGUGCUGAUGCGAUGCCGUGUGGCUGUUAAUGGCCAAAUCCAGUACAGAUGUGAGGAAUGUGGGCAGACUGUGAAGCAUCUGGACAGCUUCAUCUGGCAUUGGCAAAUUCACACGGGCUUGAGGUUAUUCAAGUGUCAUCUGUGCGACAAAUCAUUUAGGAUUCGCCAGGGUCUCAAUUGCCAUAUUCGCGAGGUGCACUUGAAGACGAAGAACUACCAAUGCGACUCAUGCGACAGGUUGUUUGCCAAUUACUACACACUCGUUGAGCACAGAAGGACCCACACUGGCGAGAGGCCGCAUAAGUGUGAGAUCUGCGCGAAGACUUUUCGGCAAAAGGCGGCUCUUUAUGUGCACCGCAAGAUGCACUCUGUGAAGCGAGAAUUUGCCUGCGACACUUGCGAUCACUCUUUUGUCUCCUUGUCCGCUUUGCAUACGCAUGAGAAGACACACACGGACGAAAAGGCUUACGAAUGUGACACGUGCCAUUGGAAGUUCCGCACAAAAUUUGAUCUGAAGCGACACUGGUCGGUUCACAGUGAUGAGAAACCCUUCGAGUGCGCGGAAUGUUCCAAGACUUUUCGCGUGAAGCGCUAUCUCAAGAGGCACAUGGACGCCAAACAUCCUCCCAAGCGACGGCGGCUGAGGAGAAAGAAGGCUAGGAGACGAGUGAGGAAACCCUGCCGAUUCUGUUCCCAAACAUUCAAAGAUGAAGCACUCUUGCGAAAUCACACAGAGGUAGAGCACAUUGACAGAGUGUUUCUCUGUGAUCUGUGCCAGGGCUAUGUGGAUCGCGAAGAGCUCAUGCAGCACAUGAUUACUCAUAUCUCAGCCACCGAACAGCCAGAGAAGCCUCCAGCGAAUCCACAAGAGACUGAGAAGGACGAAAGAGGAAAGUGCCCUAUUUGCUCAAAGCUUUUCCGCUCCAGAAGUGGCUUUAAGUAUCACCUUGAGCAAUUUCAUGACAAAAUCAAAGACAAAAAGUGCCAGAUUUGCGGCAAACUAUUCGGCUGUGUCUCCACACUGAACAACCACGUGAAGCACAUUCACGGGAUGAAGAGGAAUUAUUGCUGCAGAGAAUGUUCACGCAGCUUCAAGAGUCUCUCGUCCUUGUACAUCCACAACAAGGUGGUCCACGAGAACGUGAAGAGGUUCUCUUGUAAGUUGUGCUACAAGGGAUUCGUCUUCAAGCAGCAACUACAGGACCAUCUGAUGACGCACACGAAGGAGAAGCUGUUUUCCUGUGAUAUUUGCCGAAAACGCUUCGGCUUCAAGACGAAUCUGAAGAAGCACCUCAAGACACACGAGAGCGGAUAUUUCAAGUGCCACAUCUGUAGCUUCAACACCACACAGAAGCGAUAUCUGGCACAUCAUAUGAAAAGGAAUCAUCUCACCUCACUGACGAGGAGCUAGCCAAGGUCUAGCUAGCUAACAAUAUUCUGGAUGGUGUCGAGGAAGAAGAAGAGCCAAAACAAUCUGAAUCAAAGAUAUUCGUCUGUGAAAUUUGCCACCAUGUUUUCAACCGGAAAUCCAACCUUGUGAGACAUCUGGGCGCCCAC